ACACAACAAAUUCAUCUAAAAUCAACCAUUAACCUCAACGAUGGCUUCUAAAGUAUGGUUUUUCACUUUGGUCGUACUAACAUUCGUCGUUUUGUCGAGUGGUCGUGGUGGAAAACGAAUCAAAGUGUGUGGAGACCAGCUAGGUAGAGCUUUGCAACUUGUUUGCGAUUCGAAGUACUACGGAAAACGAGCACUCGAAAACGAAUUAAAAGAUUUCCUGAUUAUCUACGACGACUCAAACGGCGAUGAACGGGAUAAUUUUCCUUUUUAUAACCCGAAUGGAAAAUAUAAAACGUUAUUCAACAGAGAGUUAUCUACAAGAGGUGUUGUUGAGGAAUGUUGUCAUAAUGCUUGUACUUUUGAUAUGCUGAGUUUGUAUUGCGAACGAUAAACGAUAAGGAUUUUUUUAAUAUUUAGUAUAUUUUGUCAAUUAUAUCUGAAAAAUUAAUAAAUUG